GGAAUACAGUGGAAGAGAGAGAUAAAAAUGGAUAUUACAGAAGAGAAGAUGGAAGAAGAGGCUGCAUAAGACAGCUGAGAAGAUUAAAAGAGGGUGGGAGAACAUACGGCACUAGCCUCGGCAGGUUUGUGUCAGAGAAGCGAGAGAGAAAUAGAGGAGAGAUAGAAGAUAAACGAGAGAGAUAUAUUGCUUGUGAUGUUGCGUGGGGAUGAUGCAGAAUAUCAGCGCCGGUAUCACACUCUGGGCUGCUCCACCCGCCGCCUUUCAAACCCCGACAUGGAGGCCUUCGCUAAGCUCCACAAGGGCGGCGACGUGGAGCACCAGCGGAACAAAUACCCUCCACAGCACGCUGCCACGCUGGUCAACACUAACUGCGCACGACAGCAGCAACCACAUUACUGGAGUUUUAAGGCGAGGACUCCUCGCGGCGCCGCGGGUGUACAGCAGCACCCGCUGGGCGAGCAGGUGGGCGGGCGAGUGUGUUAUGCGUCUGCAGAGAGUUUGGAGAGCAUGGCCGAUGCUGAGAUCCCGCUGGGCUUCAGUCGCUCCAACAUACUCAGACAGAGUCUUCCACUCGCUCGAUCACCCAGCCAAGCUAAACUGAGAGCACCAGCUGUGUUAUUUUUGCAGUUUGGUGACGAGACGCGUCGGGUGCACAUCACUCAUGAGCUGACCAGCAUGGAGACGCUUCACGCACUCAUCGUUCACAUGUUCCCUCAGAAACUGACGAUGGGCGUGCUGCGUUCACCCAGCACGGCUUUUCUCAUCAAAGACGAGGUGCGCAACAUCUUUUACGAGCUGGAGGACCCUCGUGACAUCCACGACCGAUGUCUCAUUAAAAUUUACUGCAGAGAUGUCCCAAUACGGGACCCACACUAUAACACACAACACACACCUCACCCCGUGCACCAUGGACACAUUGCCAACGGAGACCUGCGGAGAGAGCUGGUGUACACCUCCAGGGAAUCAUCUCCCACACGCCGUUUGAACACUCUCCCUUCUUCCACGCCUCCAUCUGGUUCACCGUCACGUUCGCAAGCUCGCCUUUCCUACACGGGUGGCCGCCCAUCCUCUUACGCGGGCCCGCAUCCGUCGCCUCAGCUCCACCCCUAUCAGUACCAGCACCAUGCCCACUCCGUAAGCCACACCCCUCAGCAGCAAGGCCACCCCCACCCUGCAUAUUGCCCCUCCCCCAGUGCCAUUCUGGAAAGGCGUGACGUGAAACCGGACGAAGAAAUUACGUCAUCGUCAAAAAGCAUGGUGUUGCUUAAAAACGAAGCAAUAUAUGCAGACCCGUACACACUCGUACAAGAUCCUCGGCUCAGCGUGGCUUCACCACAAGCUCUGGCAUACCGUCGUGGCUCUGUACGCUCUCUUGGUGGCUUCCCUGCUGCCGCAUUACAGUGUGAGCUCGAGGGCGCCCUCUACAGGCCCGGAGGACCCAUAUAUGCUGAUCCAUAUGCUGCUAUGGGUUUCCGCACCCUACCUCCAGCCUCACCACAAAAACUGUCUGACGGCAGGGACCCAUACGGGAGCCACUCAGGCCGUGGGUCCCCAAGGAGACACGGGUUCCGUAAAGAUGGCACUGUGUUCAUAGAGAGCCCCAAAAAUCGUCCUGGGGGGCCGCCGAUGGAGCAGAUAUGUAUGUUGGGGGGCCAUGGAGGAGACGGGGGGCCCUUACCAGUUUAUGGCUCAACAUUACCUGGUAACGAAGAGACCAGAGAGCGUAUGGAGGCAAUGGAGAAACAGAUAGCCAGUCUGACUGGUCUGGUUCAAAGUGUCUUGACCCGUGGACCGGACAGCCCUGAGAAGGCAGAAACAGCAAGCGACUGCUCAGCACCAGAGACUGGCAGGUUUAGAAAGACAAAAGUCUCAUCACCGUCUGCGCCCCUGGCUCUAAUGCCGCCCCCGCCCACUGGAGGCUCUCAGCCAAUAGCGAUGUCCCGGUCACAAAUGCAGCUGCACCUUACCGACCUGCAACAGCACACAGUUGAACUACGCAAACAGUUGACUGAACUACGCCAACUACAGUUGCAGAAUCAGGAUUCUGUGCAGGAAUUACUCAGACAGACAGAGUCUGAUUUGGGAAUGUGUCUGAUUGAGGCGUCUCGGACGCAAGAAGAUCCGCUACAACGUCAGCGUCUUCUGGUGGAAGAGGAGCGACUACGCUAUCUUAACGAAGAAGAACUCAUUAUACAACAACUACAUGCUCUAGAGCGCUCCGUGGAGGAGAUGAGGUUGGGGGCGGGGCUUAACCACCACCUGGUAACAGAACAGGAAAUAGAACAGAAGAGUUUGGAACUCAGGAGACUCGGAGAGAACGUCACUGACCUCAAGAAUCAGUUCCCUACUUUACAAAGUAAGAUGCGUGUGGUGUUGAGGGUUGAAGUUGAAGCUGUCAAGUUUCUGAAAGAAGAGCCGCUCAGAUUGGAAGCACUUCUGAAACGUUGCAGAAACAUUACUAAUACACUCACUCUACUGCGAAGGCAGGUAUCAGAAGGCAUAUGGAGAACUCCUGAUGACUUCAGUAGUUCUGUUUCCAGCUCCAGUGAUGUUGACUUCUGCAGAAGCUCUGAUCUGGAUAUUCUUAACAGCCCGUCUCUAAAUCUACCCGACCUAGGGGGCACCUUAUUGGGCACUGGCACUUUCUCUGCCUCCCUGGGGACACACCCCAAUCUGACUAGUGCUUCCAGUAUAGGAGGGACCACAAGUCUUUCAAACGUGCUCGGCUCCAGUGUUGGUGGCACUCUGAGCAGCAGUUGCAUUUCAGGCAGCACCACACUGGGUAACUGGUUGGCAGGAGCCAGGGCAACAGACCCCAUCAUGCCUGAGCUGGACAGCAUCUCCGCAGGGGCAAUAAAGACCUCUGGCCUUGAAGACCUGCCCAUACGUAGAGAAUCUGACAAAGGAGUGUCUGUGGAGGUCCGACUGGCCGCCGAACGAGACUGGGAGGAGAAGAGAGCCAGUUUAACUCAGUUCAGCGCUCAGGACAUCAACCGUCUGCUGGAGGAAACUCAAGCUGAGCUCAUGAAGGCCAUUCCUGAUCUGGAUUUUGCUGCCAAGCAGAUCACCAAACCAGCAGUACCUCCAAAACCCCAACUCUCCUCUCUCUCAGCCCCUGGAUCUAAUUCCUCCACCCCGAGCUUAACACCUGAACAUUACCCCAGCAAAACCCCACCAAGCAAAGACGGUAUUCCAUGCAGGGGAACGAGAGAGUUGACUGUGACACGGUAUCGAACAGAGAAGCCGUCCAAGUUUCCGCCGCCCCCUCCACCACGCCGAAGUUUCCCAUCAGCCCUCAGACUCACGACCAAUAGCUGCGGAGAAGUUAUCACCAUAAACAAGAGCAUGAAGAAGAUUGAGAAGAGAGAGGAUGCUCAUGUACCGACUCAAUCUCAGACGCCACCCAUCAAACUCAGACGGCCCUCGACCUCUGAUGGGCCGCGGCCCUCAUCCACCCCACCCAUCAUCGCCGCUUCGGGGAUGAAGGAGGAUGAAGAUGAGGAUGAGAGGAUAAUGGCCGAACUGGAGCCUGUUGGCACCCCUCCGGGCUCCGCUAAGCUGGUGCAGCCAUCUGCUGCGUCUCGCCUUCGACACCUGCAACAGAGCAGCCUGGAGUGUCGAAACAUGAAACAACAGGAGGAAUUCCCUAAACUACAGCAGGGUCAGCAGCAGGUAUUCCACUUCUAA